AUGAGUGUUAAGUCUGGUGAUGAGGCGGAUCUGGCGGCGGAUCGCAUUCUCAGUUGUUGGGGGAUGAGGGGCGCCAGUAGGCCGUCCGUCCGAUCAGCCAUGGCGAACGAAGGCGUGCUAGCACGGCUGAUGCUGCAGCAGAACGAGGGGGGAGGGGAGGGGGAGGAGGCUGAUGCCCUUCCUUGGGGGCUCGGAAGCCUCGGACAGCUUGCAGAGUCGCUGACCAGACCAGCGCUGGAGCUGCUGGGGGUGGGAGGAGCAAAGGAGGAGGUUCGCGAUGCAGCAUGGUGGAAGCAGACGCGUCCUCGACCUUACAGAGGCAACUCAGCAGACCCAUCGAUCCCUGAAGAAGAAACCAGGAGAAUCUUAGCAGAGCAAGCGGUAGCUGCCGACAAGCAGGCGGCAGCACAGAUGGCAGAAUUGAUCAAGCAGAAAGAGAGAGAAGAAGCGAAGUUGUUGGAGAUGAUCCUGAUGACUCAAGACUUCGAGACCACGGAAGCAAUCAAGAAGCGAACAUCCUUCUUGGGGAGGCCUGCCGAGAAAGCAAGGCUCAGAAUGUUGAAGUUUCAGAUCGAUCGUAAUGAGAGAGAGCAGCAAGCUUGCCUCUUUGCUCAUCUCUACAGCGAUGCUGAAGAAGAGCAUCGACUCAAAGAAAACGAGUACAAGAUGCAUCAAUCGAACAAGAAGAAGGCGUCUGAUCGAGCUGCCAAGUAUCGAGCUGAAGAGAAAGGAGCGCGAGCAGCAGCAGCAGCGCUCAAGGCUGGCGGGAAUCAAAUGAGAAGUGCGAUGGAGAAAGCGCUGGAGGCAUCAAAGCAGUACGCAGAGCAGGCCAGAGCGCAAGAGGAUCUUGCGAGAAAUGCUCGAAGACUAGAGGCGGAGGCAUAUGAAAAGAUGCAGCAAGAAAGUGAGAAGAUGAGGAUCUGCCAUGCUCAGGUCAGAGCGAACAAGAUGACAGCACGUGUAAUCUACAACUACCUCUCUGGUGCUGAAUCCCAACAGCUCAUGGAGCUCAUCAAGGAAGAUUCAAUGCUCGACAACUUCAUCCAAGAAUGGGAAAAGCGUCUGAAAUCAGUUCCAAGAGGAACUCCCGCCGCUUUCAUGAUUCAGGGGCAGAUCGACACCUACCUCAAGCGGAAAGACAUCGUUGCCAUGGAGAAGCGCAUGUACGUGCCAUGGUACUUGCAGGAGAAGAAAGACCCGAAGCAUAUCUUCGAGGAAGAGAUCGUAAAAGGCGAGAUUGACUUCAAGCAUCACCCCGAGCCCCGGAAGGUUGUGUGGAUAGAAGAGAAGCAGUUCGCCAAGGACGGCAUCAUCUGCGUCGGACGAGGGCCAGUCGGACCUCCACUAGCCUUGCGGAAGAAAGUUGUACAGACAGAAGGGGAGAACGAACACCCGGACAUUGAGCUUCCCGAAGAAAGUUGUGAUAUCCUGUUUGAAAAAUCGAUUGUGGUCCGAACAGACUUUAUUGAAGAAAGUGACAACGUUGCGGGACGAUACUUAUCCAGGAAGGAUUUCGAGGCGAACAACAAAGACACCCUCACAGCACUUAAUCACCAGGAGUUCAAACGAAUAUGGGGACAGGAUGAGCGGCACGAUGUGAGAGGAACGCAAGAAAUCUGCAGCGCGAAACUUCGUCAUCGCCCUGACUUUCGUUGGUGCUGCUCCUGGGUGGACAGGAAUAACUUUGCCAAGUACAAGCUGCCCAACUCGUUCCUGCUCGGACCUCCUAAGAAACCCUUCGUGCACGUGAACGCUCCUGCCUUGCACAACGACGACAAGCCGGGCAGCAUCAAUGGGCCCGACGGUCAGCCUCGACGAUUUGCAAGAAUACACAAGUGGAUCAAGAAGUUGGGCGAGUACGUGGAGGAGGGAGAGCUUCUGCUGGAGCUUGAGAUCUACAACCAUCGACUGAUAGGGAAGAUGAACGAGACUGGAAGAUACUUGCCCGGCACUCGUUACUUCGAUGAUGGCGACUACAGAGACCAUGAGGAUCAACUGCCCAACAAUUUUGUCAAGAACGACAAGGGGGAGAUAGUGCAGCAAGUCAGAAGCACAGGGGAAGGCCUCUUAACGGGUCUAGUGCGCGAACCAGGCAGCAAGGUCUUGAGCUUUGACAACCUUGCCUACCUGGAUCAAGGUGACGAGAAUUGGAAACAAGUGCUGCUGCCCAUCGACGAGUGGCCAAUUGAAUUCUUUUCGGCAUAG